AAUAACGUAAGUGAAAAUGAAUAAAUAAAUGUCAAGAGUGAUAGCAUUUGUGAAAAAAGAAAGUAAUUAUGUUCAGUUUCUUUAAACGAAAAAUUAUCGUCAUGUUAUUAUUAAAGAAUAUUCAGCUAUAAUUUAUUAUUUCGCAAUGUUUUUUUUUUUUUUUUUUCCUUUCUUGCCAUUACAUUUCCAUAAUAAUUACUUAUCACAAGAUUUUUUCCUUUUCUAAAGAUGCCUAACUUUAAAGAAAUAUUUUGAAGAUGAGCCAAUUAUUUCAAAGUACCUCUUAUGCUGGUGCGGGAGAGCAUCUUUUCUUGAGUGAAGAACUCAGUGACGUAACCAUAUUAGUGCAAAGCAGCUCUCAAAGCCAGUGGCGUUAUCCUGCUCAUCGUUUAGUGCUUUCUUCACAGAGCUCUGUUUUUCGGCGUAUGUUAGAAAGUAACUUUUCUGAGAAAUCCACAGGCUCUAUUAUCAUUGCAGAUAUAAAACCUAAGAUAAUUGAACUUCUACUUGGGUAUAUGUAUCGAGGUAGGGUGAGUCUUCAGAAUUGGCGAGACGGUUUGGAACUUCUCCGUGCCGCCCACAAAUAUCAAGUAGAACCUCUUGUGCAAUUCUGUAGCAGAUUCCUCGAAAAUAUGAUCAGUAUAUCGAACGUCUGCUACUUUUAUAACGAAGCGUGUCUCUAUUCUCUAAUCUCUCUAAAGGAGAAAUGCCUCAAACUUAUCCUGGAUGCUGGCUUCAUCGUGUUACGGAGCAAAGCGUUCGAGAUACUUGAGAAAGAUUCGGUGAUGGACAUCAUCACGAAUUCGGACCUGAACAUUGACAGCGAGCUAAUGGUGUUCGAAGCCUUGCUGAAAUGGUCUCCCAUGCAGUGCUGUCGGGUAGGCCUCCAGAUGAAUGAGGCGAACAUCUUGCAAGAGCUGACGCCAUUCCUGAAAUACGUGUGUUUCGACGACAUGUCCGACACCGACAAAAGCGCCCUGCCGCCAGCCGUGCUGUCGUGCGUCAAACCAAAUAAUCGGAAUCGUAUCGCCCAUCACGUGCCCGAUUCUCUGCUGCAGUUUUCUUGCUAUUUCAAUUUCCACACAGACCAGGAGUUCAUGGAAUGCGUCGGCGAUGCUCUCAACUGCAUCAGCUUCUCCCUGGAUGCCUCCCAGUAUAUGAUUGGCUUGAAAUUUAUGGUGGUGACGCCAGAAUGCCCGCCACACUUGAUCCUCUCGUUGGUCAAAGUGUAUGGUGGAUCCACGACCAUCUGCCACACCAUGAACUUGUACUCUGUUGCUUGGAAGGAAGGAUUGCAGAUGAAUGAGAGGAAGAGGUACGAGGCACAGAUUCUUCUACGGCAACCGUGCCGCCUGGAUCCAAAGACAGUGUACAAGCUGCUCUUGACUGACAGGCAACAAAAUACCUAUUGUCCUAAGACAAAACUGCACACAAAGGCUUUAUUGGUCGAAAAAGGGCAUAUUAAUUUGUCGCUGCACACAGAAUCUGUUUGGGGAGUCAUGGGACUGAUCUUUCUAUAAUGUCCCCCCCCCCCGUUUCUAAGAAAGAAUGAUCCUGUGGUUUAACAGAAAGUACAAAACAAAUCAAAGAUCUGCUGCUAUUCGCCAUACCAUGAACUUGCAUUCUGUGGUCUGGAUGUAAGGAUUACUGAUGAACGAAAGGAAAAGGUAUGGGGCCCAAAUACUUCAGAGAUAGCCAUGUUGCCUGGAUCCAAAGAUCAUUCACUAGCAGCUUUUAAAUGAAGAGUAACAAAAGAAAAUAUCGAGUAGUCUCAAAAAGAAAUUACUCACAAAAACAUUAUUGAUCGAAAAUGAAUAUAUUAAUUUGUUCACUGUACACAGAAUUUGUGUGGAGAGUAAUGGGAUUGAUUUUUCUAUAAAGUCCUCUGUCUCCCCCACUCCCUUUUUUUUUUUCCCUUCUUUUUUUU